AUGGAGAAACUACCGUCACUUGAAAAUGAUGGAGAGGUGAUAAAUAUAGUAAAUGAAAGCAGAAAAUACUCUCCUCUAAAUGAUCAAGACCUUUGUGAAAUGCUCCAGCUGUUUAUAUCAAAUAAAAAUCUCAAGUUUACCGUAUUCAUUGAAACUCUCUCGAAAGCUUUUUCAGAUUGGACUUUCAGUUCAGUUUGUCAGCUUUACAGUCUUAAUGAUGAAAUAGAGGAUCUGACAAUGAUGAUGUUCCCAAAUUUUUCGUGCGGUAACGUUAAGCCAUCUCAGGAAUUGCUAGAAGGACUUAUGGCAGAAUUAAAAUCCCGCCUCGACAGCACUCCCAUCAGUUUACUUUCAGUCGAAGCCACAAAAUCAGAAUACAUCUAUUCUUACCUGCUUGCUGAAGCGAAUAAUUUCAAAGGAAAACCAAAUAGAUAUGGACCUUUCGAUUUCGCAAUUGACUUGUGUCAGACAGCAAAAACAGUUUGGGUUGCAGAGGUAAAAAAAGAUGAUUUUGUGAAAGGUGUUGCUCAAUGCACAGUUCAGCUCGAAUCAUCCUUAACAUAUCAUAAGCGUAAAGCCGAUGAAAUGGAAGAACGAACAUUUGGAAGAGUUUUUGGAAUAGUUACUGAUGCUGAAAAAUUUUAUUUCAUGGAAUGUUCGAUGGAUGAUCAAGAUAGGCCAAGCUUCAAACUAUCAAAACCAGUGACCGUUGUGUACGAAGAUAAUAAUUUGCAGAAAAAGGUGGAAAAGGCCUUUGAACAUGUUGUAUGGUUGUUGGAGGAGGCACAGAAGCCUGACUCAGCAAGAAGAGGGAAAUAA